UGCCCUAUAGUGUACGGUUCUACGCGUCGUGUGUGUACUUUUAAUGAAAUUUUGUAAUAAAUAUAAGGAGGAAAAAGUUUUCCAGGUGAAAAAGUCGUUUCCAAUCUCGUAUACUCGUUUCUUAAAAUCUUAACAAGCGGGUACAAAGUUUAUUAUUAGUAACACCUAUUUGUUGAACUAAGUGUGAAGUUUGCUAUUGUCCACAUAUAAAAACAACUUCUGGAACAAAUCAAAGACAUGGCCGCCGAUCAGGUACAAUUUCAACAGCUCCUAAGUUCGCUAUUGUCCACGGACAAUGAUGUGCGUCAACAAGCUGAGGAUGCUUACAACAAUUUGCCACGCGAUGUGAAAGUAACGCAUCUAUUGGGAACAAUCCACAAUGGUCAACAAUCUGAAGAAGGACGCCAGAUGGCUGCGGUACUUCUGCGUAGACUCUUUACAUCUGAAUUUACCGAGUUUUACAAAGAGUUACCGCAAGAAUCCCAGGCUCAGUUAUUGCAGCAAAUUUUGCUGGCUGUACAGCAAGAAGUUACACCGAAUUUGCGACGUAAAAUCUGUGAAGUGGUAGCUGAGGUCGCACGCAGUCUUACAGACGAAGAUGGUAACAAUCAAUGGACCGAUAUAUUGCAAUUUCUAUUUCAAUGCGCCAAUUCGCCAUCAGCGCAAUUGCAAGAAUCUGCUUUGCGCAUCUUUGCCAGUGUACCAUCUAUUUUCGGCAAUCAAGAAGCACAAUAUUUAGAUUUGAUUAAGCAAAUGUUGGCUAAGAGUUUGGAGCCCACAGCUGAUGUGGAGGUACGUUUCCAAGCAGUACGCGCAAUUGGUGCUUUUAUAUUACAUCACGAUAAGGACGAGGAAAGCAACGUAUUUAAACACUUUGCCGAUUUACUUCCACGCAUGAUUAUGAUCACAGCUGAAAGUAUUGAGGCUCAAGAUGAUCAGAGCUUGUUGAAAUUACUCAUCGAUAUGACCGAAACGUGCCCAAAGUACUUGCGUCCUCAAUUGGAAAACAUAUUUGAAAUGAGCAUGAAAGUUUUUGGCGCAACCGAUGUGGAGGAUAGCUGGCGUCAUUUGGUUUUGGAAGUAAUGGUAUCUUUGUCGGAGAAUGCACCAGCCAUGGUGCGCAAACGCGCAGAUAAGUAUAUUGUAGCGUUAGUACCUUUGGUAUUGCAAAUGAUGACCGAUUUAGAGGAGGACGAAGAGUGGUCUACUUCUGAUGUGGUUACCGAUGAUGACAACAGCGACAAUAACGUAAUUGCCGAGUCAUCGUUAGAUCGUCUGGCUUGUGGAUUGGGUGGUAAAACUGUUUUGCCUCACGUCAUGAACGCUUUACCGAAUAUGUUGGGACACAGCGAUUGGAAACAGCGCUAUGCAGCAUUAAUGGCAAUUUCUGCCAUUGGUGAAGGUUGCCAUAAGCAAAUGGAAGCAAUGUUGGAUCAAAUUAUGGCAGGCGUCUUGAAUUUCUUGCGCGACCCACAUCCUCGUGUACGUUACGCUGCUUGCAACGCCAUUGGGCAGAUGUCUACAGAUUUCGCCCCCACUUUUGAAAAGAAAUUCCACGAACAGGUGGUGCCUGGGUUGUUAUCUUUGCUCGAUGAUGUACAAAAUCCACGAGUACAAGCUCAUGCUGGUGCCGCUUUGGUUAACUUUUCCGAAGAUUGCCCAAAACAUAUUUUGACCCGUUACUUAAAUGGCAUCAUGUCAAAAUUGGAGACAAUUUUAAAUUCGAAAUUCAAAGAACUAGUAGAGAAGGGCAACAAGCUGGUAUUGGAACAAGUUGUUACAACUAUUGCAUCCGUUGCAGAUACAUGCGAGAAGGAAUUCGUCACAUACUAUGAUCGUCUUAUGCCAUGUCUGAAAUUUAUAAUACAAAAUGCCAAUUCUGAAGAUUUGCGAAUGUUGCGUGGCAAAACUAUUGAAUGUGUCAGUUUAAUUGGUUUAGCAGUAGGUCGUGAGAAAUUCAUCACUGAUGCUGGAGAAGUUAUGGAUAUGUUAUUGAAAACUCAUACCGAAGGCGAUUUACCUGAUGACGAUCCGCAAACAUCAUACUUAAUUACAGCAUGGGCACGAAUGUGCAAGAUUUUGGGCAAACAAUUCGAACAAUACUUGCCUUUAGUGAUGGGGCCGGUAAUGCGUACCGCAGCUAUGAAGCCUGAAGUUGCAAUGCUAGACAAUGAUGAAGUGGAGGAUAUUGAGGAUGAUGUCGAUUGGUCCUUCAUCAACUUGGGUGAACAGCAAAAUUUUGCCAUACGCACUGCUGGUAUGGAAGAUAAAGCAUCAGCCUGUGAAAUGUUGGUUUGUUAUGCGCGCGAAUUGAAAGAUGGUUUUGCUGAUUAUGCCGAAGAGGUGGUGCGUUUAAUGGUACCGAUGUUGAAGUUUUAUUUCCAUGAUGGAGUGCGUACAGCGGCCGCUGAAUCUUUACCAUACUUGUUGGAUUGUGCUAAAAUUAAGGGUCCACAGUAUUUGGAAGGCAUGUGGCUUUAUAUUUGUCCCGAAUUGUUGAAGGUGAUCGGCACAGAACCAGAAGCGGAUGUACAAUCAGAAUUACUGAAUUCAUUGGCUAAAUGUAUUGAAACUUUGGGUCCAAAUUGCUUAAACGAUGAAGCAAUGACACAAGUUUUGGAAAUAAUUUCAAAAUACAUGGGAGAGCAUUUUGAACGCGCAGACAAACGUUUGCAAGCACGUAAUGAAGAGGACUAUGACGAUGGUGUUGAAGAGGAGUUGGCCGAACAGGAUGAUACUGACACGUAUAUACUAUCGAAGGUGGUGGAUAUAUCGCAUGCACUUUUCCUUACAAAUAAGGCACAGUUUCUACCAUAUUUCGAACGUAUCGCACCGCACUUUAUCAAACUACUUGAACCGAAUCGUUCGUGUUCCGACAGACAGUGGGGUGUAUGUGCAUUUGAUGAUAUUAUUGAAUAUUGUGGUCCGGCUUGUGCGGCUUACCAACAGAUCUUCACACCAGCAUUGUUACAAUAUGUUACCGACAAGUCACCUGAGGUUCGUCAAGCAGCCGCAUAUGGUUGUGGUGUAUUGGGGCAGUUCGGAGGUGAACAUUUUGCCGUCACAUGUGCUCAAAUCAUUCCGCUGUUGGUGCAAGUUAUAUCAGAUCCAAAGAGCCGUGAUCACGAGAACGUUAAUCCCACUGAAAACGCUAUUGCAGCAGUAUCAAAGAUCCUUAAAUACAAUAGUAGCGCCAUACCAAAUGUGGACGAGAUCCUAAAUCUGUGGUUUUCAUGGCUGCCUGUUACAGAAGAUGGCGAUGAGGCACCUCAUAUUUAUGGAUACAUGUGUGAUCUAAUUCAAGCCAACCAUCCCAUCAUCCUUGGCAAUAAUAAUAGCAACUUACCGCGAAUCGUAUCAAUCAUUGCACAGGCAUUCGUUACAAAAGUUGUGGCAUCGAUCAGUGAAGUUGGCACUAGAAUGUUGGGUAUUGUGAAACAGGUCGAAUCCAAUCCGGAAGUGUUUCAGGCCUGUGCUAGUAUAUUGACUCCCGAGCAACAAUAUGCCCUUCAGGAUGCCUAUCGGGAGCUGGCUAGUGCAGCGCCGACAACUGCAUAAAGACAACAACUACAGAAAAUCAAAUUAUAGCUGCUGCAGCUGCUGUAGAUAUAUUAACACUAAUUCACAGUUAUAUAUGUAUGUUUAAUCACAAUUCAAGAAAGAGAAGAGUGCGUUUAAACAAAUCUGCAUUAUAGUAUGGUUAAGAAAACAAAACAAAAAAAAAAA